CAUUGAUGGAGCUAGGCUUAUGCCAUGGUUGUUACCACCGUGCUGUGGCGGUACUGGCAAAAGCAGCAGUACGAAGAAGCCAUCACCGAAGUUUGUGCAUUGUUGGAUGUGAAAGAAGAAUCCUUCAGUUCAGAUCAAGAGCUCCUGGCAGCUGCUGCUGACACCGAAGCUAUCCGACCUAUCCCAGGGAGUUUCCCAACUGGGGAGGCUGAGAAUUUGGCAAACUUGGCUCUCUUUGGCUGCAGCUGUUGCAACCGUUUGGCCGAACGGGUGCGCAAGGACUGGCGGGUGGCAGCCCACUGGUGCGCCUUGGCGCGGUGCUUGGAAGCGGCUGGCGAUGGCGCUGGUCCUUGGGCCAUGGUCAGAUUCGAACGUCUGUUCCACGCUGCCGAAGCCAUCCGUGUGGCUGGAAAGGAUGUUUUGAAAAAUGAUGAAACUGGACGAUUGACACUGCCAGACUAUCAUCUACGAGCAUCCCAUAGAUGUUUGAGAGAAUGUGAAUCGAUUUGGCUAAGGUGGCCAUCCUGUACUAGCAGCCCAGAAAGCAUCUACACAUGUUUGGCAGAGGUUUGCUGGCAACUCAAGGACAUGGAAUCGGUCCGGUCCAGCUGUCGAAAGGCGUCUCUUUCUCAAUGCAAUGCGUUUCCUGAGAAGCAAACAGAUGAAAAUGUCCGAGCUGCUCUACAUUGUGCCAGGGACAUGUUCGAGAGGCGGGGAAGCGACAUGGACAGCAAUGGACUGGCCUGUCAACUUGGACAAAUCACGGCCAGCGCUGUGCCGCCACAGGAUCUUCGCCCGUGGAGCUUGCUCAGCACGCUGCUGGCGCUGCUCUUCGAUUGGAUCCCAAAACCUUGCGCCACUCCGUAUGGUUCCUACUUUCCGCACAUCAUCACCGCCGCCGUGAGUCCUCCGCCCGAAUGGAGCCCCGUGCCCCACGUGAGUUGCCACGGAAAACACGGACGAUGGCACCUCUGUGGCUUGGUACCCAUCGAAGUGGGACUUAUGAGGUGCUACGCCGUCACAAAGGCAGGACGUUUUUCGUCAAAUCCCAAAGCUGGUGGCUGCUUCUCAAACUACCUCUUCCUGCAGGCUGAUGUCUUCAUGCGACCCUCCAAGCUCUCAGGCUAUCCGUUGGAGCGGCCAUGGAUGUUGGGCGUGGGCGGGUAUACCCCGAGGAGCUUUGGGGACAAUUUCGUGGAUGAAACAUGGAAAGGCCAAGUGAAAAGCAAAGACAAGGCAUUGAUAAGAAAGUGGUGGCAGCCAGGCUUAAAGAAGCUCUAUGAGGCCGCAGCUGGUGGCCCCAAGAUGCCUCAUGCCUCGGUUUCAGGGGUGGCCAAUGUGCCUGCCAUCAUGAGCAGAUACUUUGUCACACUGGCCGAAUCGAUGGGCGACCUUAGAGGUGAACUGGCCCAAUCGCUGAUCUUUGAUUUGUGGGAUUCGAUCCCCGGCUCUCGUCCCACGUGGCUGAUCGGUGACAACGAGACACUCUGGACGAGUGGGCCACCGAAGGCGCAACGCAUGUAUGAAGAUCAGAGCGUUGCCUUCACCCAUCCCCUUUGGUUGUCAGGCCUCAGAGAGCAGCAGAUGUUGGACGAAUACCUGUCGAAGCAUCCCGAGGACUUUUGACUUGUGAAAAGGCUGCUGAGAAAAAUAUCCUGCCGUGCGCAGCACAAAAAGGAGGAGAUUCAAGCUCAUGACCAACUGGCCAGAUCACAAUAAUCUGAUUGUGUUAGAUUCGUUGCGCGGUCAUGAGCCCGUAGGAGUCCCA